UAUUCACAGAACAAACAGUUUUCGUUCUUCCGGAGAAAGAAUCAUCCGCAGAAAAAUCGAGAUCGUAAAGUAAAGUGACCAGACGUCCCGCGUUUCGUGGGUCAACGCAAUUUUCGACAUGAUAUUUAUUACUGCGUGAAUUCAAUUGUUUGAGUGAACUGAGCAAAUAGAUCAUGAUUUAGACCUAAAAUGGUGUCCCGCGUUUCGAGGAGCAUAAAUGGUCGCUUUAUAUUGAAGGGACCAUCGAGUUACAGAACACAAAACCAGUGCAACUGCGAUCUAAGGGACCAUCGAGUUAGCCAUGAAAACCAACUUUUACUAUGGUUCUCUAACUCGAUAUCGAGAUACGGAAUACCGGAAAAUUUUCAUUGUUUGAAGUAGUCAACCAAUACUGCCCAAAGUUUUGAGCAGAUCAGUUUGAUCAACUGACCAGAAUGAACGAUCUAGUUGAUAAAGUUAAACUAAACCCCAGUUCUGAAGUCGAUUUGGACAGUUCAAUGAGUAAUGAGCAAUCUUUUUUCGCAGACGAUAUGGUUGACAUAGAAGAAGCGAAAAUUGAAACUCGUAUUAUUGGUGUAGAAUCAUCGCAAUCUUCAGCAACAAUACGAGAGAACCAAUCUUCGAAUGAAAAACAAUCAAUUUCAACACCUGAAAGAAAUGCUAAUACUGGAAGUGGUAAAUCGCACCAAUGUGAUAUAUGUCAUAAAACAUAUCAGACUAAGAAGCGUCUACGACAGCACAUUGAAGUGAAGCAUAAGCUUCCAUACGUAUUUAAAUGCCAACAAUGCGAAGUGAGCUUUCGAUUUGAAAUCCAACUGCGAAAACACGAGCGUUCCCAACAACAUCUCAACAAGCUCCAAGAAACCAAAGCACAGCAUAAAAUGCCUACAAAGGAAGAACAAAUAAAGGUGCAUAUUUGCUCUAUAUGCGACAGAUCAUUCAUUAAUGGAAAUGCUUUGCAACUGCAUGUUGAAAGACAUGUGCCUGGUGAGUGCGAAGUAUGUCAUAAAACUUUUCAGGAUCGAAGGAAACUUAAGUCUCACAUGAAAUACCACGCACCUAAGACUAACGCGUGUACAAUAUGUGAUAAGUCAUUUAUUAGCAAGCGUACGCUAAUAAGACAUGUUGAAUCACACGACAAAAAACGCGAACGACAGGAAGCGAUACCGUCAUUCAAGUGUGAUAUUUGCCAAAAAAUGUUCUUGUACGAAGGCACACUGACGUUGCACAAACGAAAAGCACAUGGACCUAAAACCUAUGAUUGCUACGUUUGCGGCUCUCAUUUUUCAACGAGUGAGCAAUUGGGUGAGCACAUAAAGAUUCAUGUAAAAUUGUCCCGUAUUAAAAUGAAUGAGAAGCAGCAACUAUUACAAGGAGACGUAAAGGUUAAAAUUGAACCUCGUGAAGAAGCAUAUUCCAAAAUAGGUCAGAAUGAACAAAUAAUUGAAUUGAGUUCCGAAGCUGCAGUUGAUCUAGAUUCACAUAUAGAAUCAGUCUCUCCAAACUUACCGUCUAAUAAUGAACAACAUCUUCGAAAAAAGAGUAAAGGUGAAACGAGGGAAAACGAGCAAUCAAUAGGCAUUGAGGACAUGAUUGAUAUUGAAGAAGUGAAAAUUGAAUCUCGCAAAGACGAUGACGAGGAAUUAGAUACAUUUACUUCAAGUCAUGCAUCUAGAACAAUCAACAAGAUCACAAGUGAUACAGACCAAACGAAUCAAAAUAUGAAACAUGCUAGUGGUGAUGAACAAAGGCCAGCUUCUAGGCCAAUUCGUAAAUGCAAGUUAGGAAAGGCAACCACAGAAACAGAUAACGAUGAACAACCAACGCCACUCGAGUGCAAGGUAUGUCAUAAAACGUUCAGGUUCAAUUGUAGAUUAAACCAACAUGAAGCAGAGGCACAUGGUCCGAGAGUUCACGACUGUGAUAUUUGUGACGCCAGUUUUCGUACACGCUAUGGUUUAGUGCUGCACUUGGACAGACAUAAGAAAGGAAAAGAAGCGGGUUUCUACUCAUUACAGGCACUGCAAAGUGAUACAUCAGCGAGCUUGAAGAAUGAUAUCGAAACGGAGUCUGAACACAAUUCAGAAAAGACUUCACCAAAAGAUCAAAAUAUCACUACGUCUACUUCGCUACAGUGCGCGAAAUGCUUCAAGGUUUGGCCAAACCAGAAUCGUCUUUGGCUGCACUAUAAAUCUGCUCAUAAAGAAAAGCUAAAGUGCUCUUUGUGUAGCGAAACGUUUAAAUUUCAAAAACGGUUGGAUAGACAUAUGGAAUUACAGCAUAAGCAAGAGGACGGUAGCUUUCAACCUCUAAAAUGUGCACAAUGUAAUAAGCACUUUCAAACUUCGGUGCAAUACGCGAAGCAUACGCGGAUUCAUGGCCCUAAGAAUCAUAAUUGCACAAUGUGUAGUCUAUCGUUUAGAACUACGGUUUUACUGAAAGCACAUCAGCGCACUCACAAAUUUGAUGGCAUGAUAAUCGAUUGUGAAAUAUGUAAUAAAGUUUUUACAAAUCACAAACAAAAAGCUCUUCACAUGAGAGCCCAUGAACCAAAGAAGCAUAUAUGUCAUAUUUGCAACAGGCAAUGUGCAUUCCGUGUAAAUCUACUGGCGCAUAUGAAAAUUCACGAGAAAGAAAGCUGCACCAUAGUCAAGAAUCCCCAACCAUCCAGCUAUAUAGAGGAUGAUUCACGGGAAAAUUCAGGAACUUCCAUUCAUGAUGAUAACAGUAAACAUUUUGAAACGCGAGAGGAAAUUCACACAGAAUCAAUCCAUGAGAUUCCAAUUAAAACCAAGAAAGUGAAGUGUCAAGUUACGCCUAUGACAGCAUCACAAGAACAAGUCGAUUCGAAUAAGGAUACAGUAAAACACAAAAUGGAUCUUAGUUUAGUUGCAGAAACGGAGACCACCGUAGAAAAUCAUCGUGAAUCUGAUUUUCGGCUAGAGCUAUCGACUGAAGAUUUACCGUCGAAUAAUGAGAAAGAGGGAUGUGAGCAAUUAACAGGCUUAGAGGAUAUGAUUGACAUAGGAGAAGUGAAAAUUGAAACUCGUCCAGAUGAUGACGAUGCACUCAAAGCUUUCAAUAACAGUACAGAAGCAGAAAGUAGUAAACCGACUCAAGGAAAAGAAAGUGCUAGUGAAGUAAUGCCAGUCCAGUGUAAUAUAUGUAAUAAGAUUUUAAAAUCUAGCAAAAAAUGGUGGCACCACAAUAGGCGGGUACACGGACCAAAAAAAUUUGAAUGUCCCAUAUGCGGUAGGCCAUGUAUAGAUGUGCAUCAACUCAAAACACAUAUUCCAACGCAUCAACCAAUUCACGAGCGCAGGCAAGCAAAACCAAUAACAGCGAAAAAGAAUGUUGAACGACCAUUCAAAUGUGAUAUAUGUGAUAAAAGCUUCGUGCGAAGAUGUAACGUAACGCAUCACAAAAAGCAGUCACAUGGACCAAAACCGCAUUGCUGUGAUAUAUGCGAUGCAAAAUUCAGUAUGCGAGCCUUUUUGAGGAGACAUUUGUUGACACACAAACCUGAUCCUGCAUUACUGGAAUGUAAAAUUUGUAAUUUAACUUUUCCAAGUGUUCGUAAGAGGUCUACGCAUAUGACUAUACAUCGACCAAAGCAGCAUAAGUGCCCUUUUUGCACUAAAACAUGUACAUUGCGCAUAAACUUGUACAGACAUAUGAAGACUCAUGAUGAAUAUCAUGACACCGCUUCACCAACAUCCAGCGUUACAGAGCUUGAUACUGAUGGAGCUUCAGAACCUUCCACUUUGGAGAAUGAGCAAAGCAAUCAUUCAACUGGAGUUGUUCAGCUAAAAGGAUCUCGCAGCAGUACCCGUGGACCAAAGAAACGGCAAGAAACGGAUAAACCAACAAAGAGCCGUAGGACACAUCGUAAACCGCAUUCAUGUUCAGUGUGUAGCAGCAAAUUCAGUUCGAAAAAGAAAUUGAAGGAACAUGUCUUGGCAGAGCAUCAAGAAACAUUAAAUGAUGUAACUAUAUCGUAGAUUCGUUAGUAGUCGUUUAUUCAACAUGCUGAAAAAUGAAUACAAAAUGGAAAACAAUAAUCAAAAUAAUGAA